AGGUUGCCGAGUGGUGGGGAGGUGACGGCAACCGCCUUCCUAUUUCCGCCGGGCCGGUAUCGCUGCGGGGUGUGUGCCAGCAGAGAGGCGCUCGGUCCUCCUUCCGCCCGCCCGCCCGCGCCGGGGGCCGGCCCUGUCUCUCCGGCGCCUUUUUCCCCCGCACCGCGGCGCCGCUCCGCCACUCGGGCACCGCAGGUAGGGCAGGAGGCUGGAGCGCCUGCUGCCCGCCCGCCCGCCCGUAAAAUGGUCACCUCGGCUGGACACCUCGCCCUCUUGGCGCUGGGCAUCGUGUUGACCAUGUGCCAAGCCCUGGAGAACAGCACGUCCCCCCUGAGUGCAGACCCGCCCAUGGCUGCAGCAGUGGUGUCACAUUUUAAUGACUGCCCAGAUUCCCACACUCAGUUCUGUUUCCAUGGAACCUGCAGGUUUUUGGUGCAGGAGGACAAACCAGCAUGUGUUUGCCAUUCUGGGUACGUGGGUGCACGUUGUGAGCACGCAGAUCUCCUGGCUGUGGUCGCCGCCAGCCAGAAGAAGCAAGCCAUCACCGCCUUGGUGGUGGUCUCCAUCGUGGCCCUGGCUGUCCUCAUCAUCUCAUGUGUGCUGAUACACUGCUGCCAGGUCCGAAAACACUGUGAGUGGUGCCGGGCCCUCGUCUGCCGGCACGAGAAGCCCAGCGCCCUCCUGAAGGGAAGGACCGCUUGCUGCCACUCAGAAACAGUGGUUUGAAGAGCCCAGAGGAAGAGUUCGGCCGGGGGGACUAUGUGGCAGCCCUGUGAAGAAAGAACUUCUUCAGGACAGGACUGCCAGAGGUGCCUGGAUGUGCUGGCAGACCUUUCCUCCUUUGCCUGUGAUCACUCAUGCAGCCUUUUUGUCUUCUGUGGGUCUUCAAAACUCUGUCUGCUUGGGGUUAUUUGGUGCGACCUAGAGAAGAAAUCAGUGGGCCACAAUUUAAAGACUAGUAAAAAAAAGACCUGCAAAGAGGUGGACUUCUGUUUCUCUAGACGAGGUGUGUACAUCAGUCAGUGUCUGAGUCCAGGUGUGUGCAAUUGUCUUUGCCAGGCAUGGAUUCCGGGCUAUAUUUCUUUUUCUUGGGGCACCUCCCCACAACAGAAUCCUGCCCAACAUGGGAGAUUUCUGUAGUUACAGUUUUCUCUCACCCGCUUAUUGGUGAAGAAAGUAGAGAAGGGAAAACUACUUAUUGUUACAUGAACUUUAAAAGGAGCCAUGUCCUCUGGCAGCAAGACCAUCAGCCAACCCAACAUCUUCCAUGGACACAUGAUGUUGAAGACCAUCCCAUGCUGUCACCACCCUCAGAGAUAAUUUCUUAUUUAUUAGACUGAUAAUGGUUUUAUUUUUAAUCUCUUAAGUCGAUGUAAAAAGCAUAAAACCCUCACACUUCUACAUUAAUGAUGUAUGUGUUGCUGUAUUGAUUACCAACUCUGGCCUCUUUGACACAGAUCAGGCUUGGGGAAAGCCUUCCGGGGGGGGGGUGUGGAGAUGGAUGAGUUGCUCAUAGGAACAAAGAUUGGGGUUCAGCGGUCAUGCCAUUUGAGACACAAAGUAGGUAAAUUCCCUGAUACAUUCUGGUAGAAAAGUUAGCAAAAGCAAUAGCAGGGAUCUGCCCCCUCUGUUUGCAGGAGAGAAGAAAGGAAUGAAUGCCUGUGUGUGUCUGCACAGUAUAAACACGAUUCAUGCUAUCCUGCUCAGUGGUUAAAUGGAUUCCAUGGAUUCACUUCCUCGUGAGCCCCCUAAGAGGAUAUUUAGAAAUAGGGCAUUAGCAGGGAGCCGUGGGCAUUUCAGGCCAAGGCCAUUAAAGAAGGAUCAGUCACUCAUUUUCCAUUUUGUUGCUUGGUUGGCUUCUUGCUUUAUUUUUAAAAGGAGAAAUGUAACUUUCCUAUUUAUUUUCAAACAUUAAAUAUUCCAGUGAUUUUUUUCUUUUCCAUUCAUGAUGCUCGUUUUAUUAACAAAAACUCAUUUGACAAGCCAUCUCCACCAUGUUGGUCUUGCUUUCCCCUCCAGAGAAAAAACUGUUCUCCUGAGCAUCUGGGUCUGGUCUGACCCCUUGGGGCUGUGGGAAGCAGUGGAUUAUGUCAAAUAAAAUGGGGAGUGCGUCUUUAGGGGUUUUCAUUAAAACUUGGAAACAGAAUAACAAUGAAAUAAUGUAUAAACUCUUUGUGUGAGGAAACUCUUUAUUCACUAAUACUUGAAAAGUGAAAGCUUUCCUUCUGUUAACCCUACUAGCUUAUCACAUCGUGAAAAAGGCAUUUAAAAUAUAUCAAGUUGGCUUAAAAUUUCUCUCAGAAAAUUUUGUCCUCUGCCUAAUCUUCCCUGGUCUGGAAGAACCAUUUUCAUGCAUUUUCUCUUUAUUUUUUAUAACUGAGACAAGGAUAUGACCCGUGUCUGACUUAAUGAUGAGUCUGACUUAAUGAUGCCACCUGCAACACUACGUGCAGAAAUCAGAUCUGUUCAGAGCUGGCUCUCUAGCAAUGUCAGUUAUAAGCCCCAGGUUUAUUAUUAAACAAAAUAGGUGUGAGUUUCCAUUCCUUGUGCUAGUCUUAUAGCAAUAGAUAAUGUGGACUAAAGCUUGACUGGAGCGUCCUGCUCACAGACCAGUCGGUUGACACUGGUUCUUAGACCCCAUCAGCAAUUGGCUUUCAAGAGACUUUGCAGGAGGUAUGAGAAGAUGAGGACGGGAAGAACUUCGGAGAACUUCCAGUUCUUGGAUCUAGCAAGUUGCCACUGCUGGUGCCCUUCCCCGUGCCUGUACACCCAUGCAGCCAAUGGGCUCAAACACAUGCCUCCCUAGAAGUGCCUUCCAGAUCAGUCCUUUAUAAACAGCAGGUCUGAAAAGGGUUGAAAGCAGUGGUGGGUCCAGGCAGGCCUGGUUGGACCAUUGUCCACACCCCAGGGUAGGAUAGCCUUGCUCUCUGGUGAUUUCUUCCUCAAAAAUCACAUGAGUGGCAGACAUUGGCUUCCUCUGCCAUCUCAGGGCAGUGGUCAUUGUUUGGCUAACUGUAAAAUAUGUUCCCUUUUCAGGUUAAAAAUGCAUCUUCUAAUACACCUCUGCAUAUUUCCUGUGUUUCCUUGCCCUUUUUAAAGAUGUGUUCAUUACAAUUAGAGAAUCUUUCCAGAGGCUUGACCUGUAAGCAGCCACAUCCCUGGCAAUAGGGAACAUAGCUGUUUCCAACAGCUCUGCAGACGAUGCAAAGCCCCCAUUUAAAAAAAUUAAUUUUUUAAAAGGUUUCCAAAUCUUUUGUGGAGCCUGGGUUCUCCUGCUACUCCACAGGCUCCAACUUCUUAAAGCAUAUUGGCCAGAAACAUUUUCUUCUACAUGGAAAGACAGAUAACAGCUAACUUUGAUAUAGGAGACAGGGCUCAGCUGGACACAUGUGGAAUGGAGCAGGGGAUUAAGUUUGCCAUUGUUUCCCAGCAGAAACAAUGGGCAGAAUAGCUCUAGAGUCCUUUUACCUGAGAAAGGAGAUGAAGGUGGGAUUGACACCACACACCCACAUUGGAGAGGGUAGAGAAUUUGUGGAUCUGAGGCUUCUUGAGGAUUGUGCUUUGCCAGGAUAGAAAACCACCUGAUUAUCUUCAGACCGGGUGUUUCAGGGCACAUUGGGCACCAGUUGUUUUUUCAUGCAACUUGGCAGAGAGGGACCAAGGAGAUAACUCUGCUCAGUUAGAUAACACUGCUCAGGAGAAACCCCUCCCCCCCAGUCCCUUAGUAGGCUCUUGACUUUGAUCUCUCCCAACCUGCCCAGCUCAGGAGGGUGGAAUGGUUCAAAAGCCUAGGACCAAGUGGACAUCACACAAAUAAGACAAAUGCAUGUUUUUAAUGUCCUAAAAUAAGACCUUUUCUUUCUAGCCAUUGAUUUUUCAGGCUUCUGAAAGAUCUAGUGGUACACACACACACACACGCAGAGGGCUGAAAAGCAACUCCUCUUCCUAACUUAAUAACUUACUGAAAUGUUCAACUUUUUAUUAUCUUUAUUGUAACAAACCUGAUGCUUUUUUUAGAACUCAUUACUCUGACUUCUGUAUAUGUUGCACUGAAAAAGUUAAUAUUUAAUGUUUUAAUUUAUUUUGUUUGGUAAGUUAAUUUUGAUUUCUGUAAUAUGUUAAUGUGAUUAGCGAUUCUUUUCCUUAUAUCUGAAUCAUAUUUAAAGAGUAGUGAGCAAUGUAAGAUGCAGUUGUUUUCAGUAAUGUGCAUUUUGUUAUUCAAUUGUACUGUACCUUGUUUGGAAGGAUGAAGGAAUGAAGUCUUUUUUUCCUAAA